GAAAAGAACCUCCAGAUGAGUAUUAUCAAAAAAUUAUUAAUGUUAUUGAUUCUAUAAAUACUGUAACUAUGGCUGCCAAUACUGCCAAUGCAGUUGGUUUUCAAGAUGAUAUGGUUAUACCAGCAUUAUAUACCCAUCUUCCUCCUGAUAUUUGUAGUACUGUAAAAAUGUAUAUGACAAUAAGAGGUGCUAAUCUAACUAUAGAUAAUUUCUUUGCAGAUUUAAAAAAAUGCUGGAUUGAAUGUCAAUCUGGAAACAAUAGUAUACAACCAGCAUUAAUAAAUCAACAACAAACCAAUAAUGCAUUAGAUAUUUUAGCUAAUUUAGCACAACGCUUGGGUUAUUCAGGGGAUUUAAUUGAUUAUAAUCAAAUGCAAAAAUAUAUUGAAAAUGAUCUUUAUAGAAAUUAUGGAAGGCAAGUUCAUAAUAAGAAAAAUGAACCAUUUGAACCAGUAAGAAAAAUAUAUACUACGCAACCUGCUUCUAGAAAG